AUGUUCCAAUUACAAGGUCCACAAAUGCUGCAGAUGCUGGAGAAUUCUUUGAGGAAGUUCCUCCCUGAGUCCAUAAAGGUGUAUGGGACCGUCUUCCACAUGAACCAAGGAAACCCAUUCAAGUUAAAGGUCCUGGUGGACAAGUGGCCUGAUUUUAACACAGUGGUUGUCCGCCCCCAGGAGCAGGAGAUGGUAGACGAUUUUGAUCACUACACCAAUACUUACCAACUCUACUCCAAGGACCUCAAGAACUGCCAGGAAUUGCUUGGUUCAUCAGAAGUCAUCAAUUGGAAACAGCAUUUGCAGAUCCAAAGUUCACAGUCCAGCCUGAAUGAAGUGAUACAAAAUCUCACAGCCACGAAAUCCUUCAAGGCCGAACAGACACAGUGCUUUCUCUACGUAAUGCCUGACACCGUGAAGAGACUGUUUCCUUCCCCAGUGGAUGUGGAGAACUUGCCUCCCGGUGGUGGCAAACCCAAGGCCAUCAAUCAAGAAAUGCUCAAACUCUCAUCCCUGGAUGUCACCCACGCUGCCCUGGUGAAUAAAUUCUGGCAUUUCGGCGGCAACGAGAGGAGCCAGAGAUUCAUCGAGCGCUGUAUCCAGACCUUCCCCACCUUCUGUCUGCUGGGGCCCGAGGGGACCCCUGUGUGCUGGGACCUGAUGGACCAGACAGGAGAGCUGCGGAUGGCUGGCACCGUGCCUGAGUACCGGAAACGGGGCCUCAUCUCCUAUCUCAUCUAUUGCCAGACCCAGGCUCUGAGCAAACUCGGCUUCCCCAUGUAUUCUCACACAGAUAAGAACAACAAAAUCAUGCAGAAAAUGAGUCACAAUCUGCAUCACAUCCGCAUGCCCUGUACCUGGAAUCAGUGGCACUGUGAGCCUCUGUGA